AUGGCUUUCCUUACUGUCGCUAUAUUCGUUCUGCUUCUCCUUCAGCCAUCAAUUGGCCAUGGACACAGCGGCGGCGGUGGUGGCGGCGGCGGCGGAGGUGGCGGCGGAGGACACCACAGUGGCGGAGGAGGAGGAGACGGUGGCCAUCAUCAUGGAGGUGGAGGAUAUGGAGGUCAUCAUCAUGACGGAGGACAUCAUCAUCAUUAUGGAGGCGGAGAAGGAGGAGGAGGCGGAGGAGGAGGAUAUUACGGAGGGUAUUCUAACAACUACUACGGAGGAGGAGGAGGACUCGGUGGUCUAGGCGGACUUCUUGGGUUGUUGGGACUUGGAGGAAGUUCCAGUAGCGGAUACAAUGGAUACAAUUACGGAAGUUACUAUCCAAGUUCUUAUUCAAGUUAUGGCAGCUACUAUCCCAACUACUACUCAGGGUAUGGAAAUUAUUAUGGGAACAACGGAUACUAUAAUUAUGGAAACACUGGAACUUACGGAAACACCUACAGUUACUACUACUGCCAAACCCAAUAUGCUUACUUGUAUCCUCAAUGUAAUCAGCAAAGUACAAACUACUACAGUAAUUAUUACUCUGGAAAGAAGUGA